CGGCCGCGCGCCCCGCAGCCGGGACGAGCCGCGGCGGAACGCGCCGCCCGCGCUCGCGCGGUCGCCGGGGGAGGCGGAAGUGCGGGCGGCGGGGGUGCACUUCCGGCGCCGGGCUCGCCGGCGCCGCUCCCCGCCAUGGCGGCGCUCGGCCGGCAGGUCUUCGACUGGCACCGCCUGGUCCCCCUCACCUGGGCCCGCAUUGCUGGGCACACCCCUGGCGGAGGACAGAAAAGGACGUCUGCAGCUUUGUUGUGUAAACUGACCACAGCCCCCAGUGGAGGGGGCCUCCAGAAGUUAUCCCGGGUGGAACCCAGAAAGUACAUGCAGGAACCAGACUGCAGGACGAGUCUCACUCGGUGCCCCCAGGGGAAGCAGGGGACUCCUGAGGCUCCAGGGUUCCUGGAGCAGGAGAAGGUCGUCACUUCUCUCCUGGACAUGGGCUUCAGUGAUGUCCACAUUAACGAAUUGCUCCGUCUGUGGCCAAGUACGCACCCUCAACAGUUGCUGGACAUCAUUUCAGAAUUAAUACUCUUGGGUUUGAACCCAGAGCCUGUGUACGUGGCCUUGAAGAAAAGUCCUCAGUUGUUGAAACUGCCUGUAAUGCACGUGAGGAAGCGCUCCAGUUACCUGCGAAAGCUCGGUCUUGGAGAAGGGAAACUAAAGACGGUGCUUCUCUGUUGCCCUCAAAUCCUCACCAUGCAUCAGAGGGACAUUGACAGCAUUGUUGGUGUUCUCAAGGAGAAAUGUCUUUUCACGGUACAACAGGUGACCAGGAUUUUGCACAGAUGCCCCUAUGUUCUUCAGGAGGACCCCGGUGAACUGGAGUACAAAUUCCAGAGACCGUGGAAGAAUCCUGUCAGGCAGCGGCUCCCACCCGGAGUGAUCUUGACCCCAGGGAACAUCCAGCAACAUGUGAGGACAUUUUUGGCUCUUAGGACCGAGGGAGGGCGCCGUGGGGAUCCAGCGGCUGGAGGCCGGGCUGCCGUGAGCCAUCCUGCGGUGCACAGGAUGGCCUCAAGCAGAGCAGUGCAGCCUGAAUUGUCACCAGUGCGGAGGCUGAGGACCUGCCCGAAGGCUUCGGUUCACGAGAACGGGAACGUCAGGUUGGAAGCAGGCCUACAUUGCUUACGUUUCUUUUAUUUAAAAGGAAGUAAAUAGCUGAGUUUUAAGUUCCUUUCCCGUGUGCCCUGAAGUGCGGCUGGUAGGUUUGAGCUGUGUUUGCUGCGGGGACUCAGCACUGAGGUGCAGAUGCUUUUGUUUCCUCUGGGCUCAUGUUUGAGCAUGACAGUAAAGAGAAAGACAUUUUCUGCAAAAGAGAAGUAGCUCAGUGAAUCCCUGUGCAUCGGAGUGAGAUGUCCAGCGGGAGGAGUCCCGGCUGAGGGAGGUGCCUGUUGGAUUUGCUGGUGGGAGAGCGGUGGGGUUGGCGCAGGUCUCCUCCUCCGCCUCUGUGUCAGCCCACAUGCAAUGGGAAGGAAGGCUUUGCCUUUACUGGUUUUUUGGCUGUGGGCAAAAUUAUUGAAAACGAAGGCAUUUCACUCUUUCACUUACUCUUCCAUUUUGCAUCCCAGGUGACUGGCACUUUCCCUGGAACUUCAGAUGGGUUCUUGGGUCCAGUCAGGGGGACUCAGGAGAAUUAUAAAUUUGCAUGAUUAGAAUGGCUAACUUGGCAACUCAUGAUUGCUCCUUUCAUUUCGCUACAGAAAUGAAUUUUUAUGCACCUGAGAAUUUUGAUUACAUUAUUAUUAAUAUUUUUGGGUGGAGUUUGAGUGUAUGUUUGAGGAAGACGCCGGAGUUUUAUGAAAGAAACGUGUGAAAAAAGCAGUGUCUCAGUUAGAAUGUUUCCAGAAUGAAUUGUAAUUCCUUUGCCUCAGGAAGUCUUUUUACUAGAUACCUAAUUUGUAAAACAUCCAGAGGGGUUAAUCAUAAGACAACACAGCACCAAGCUCAGGAUUCAGUAGACUGUUUCUUGUAGAAACAAAUGUUUCUAAGUUAAAAACUGGAACACACUAGUGUUUGCCUCAUGGCUGAGGGGCUUGAGGUUAUUAACAUCGUAGUAGAGAGUUUCAUCUACUUUUCCAGUGAUAUCACUUGAUCUUGCCACUCGCUAGCGAUGCUGUAGCUCACGUAGACGCAGUGACUGGUGCUGGCGACGCAGAAGUCAGCAGUACGUGUGCAUGGCCGGGGUCUGUCUUGACUCGCCCAGUGCUGGAGCCCCUGACUGAGCGGCUGUCUUCCCCGGGUGGGCCUGGGACGCCAGGGGCGCUCUGGGGUACAGUAGAGACUUCUUGAAAUGACAGUUCCUCCUCUCUGAAAACAAAUCGUGUAAUACACAGACAUAUGCACACAAAAUUUUAAUAAAAAUAAAAAGCCUAAAAUAUACUCUAACUCUUCAAACUAUGUUUUUAUAAAAGAUGAGAAGAAGGAGCCGUCUCUGGCUUAGUGCUGACUCGGGACAGAGUCAGUGGCAGACGCGCAGGGGCUUGAGUUCCAGUUUGGGUCAGCUACUGAGAUGCUCCGCUGACACGAGGUGAGGUUGGCUUGCCUGGCUUGCGCCGCCUCCGCAGGGAGAAGGCAGAGCGGUUCGGAAGCGGUUCGGCAAGCCAGUGCCGCCUUCUGCUGCUGAAGAGGGAGAUGUGGGGAGAACCAUGCUAGCUGACAGCCUAGAACAGUCCUGCUCGAGCUGUGGACUGAAGGGGAUCUUGAGCUGGGUCGGGUCUGGUCUGCCCCGGUUAUGCAUCUCCGUGCUGUUCGGGCUCUGUGCGUGCUGGGGGGCCGCGUCAUGCUUCUGUGAGGCUCGGGGCUCUUUGGUGCCGUGGCGUGACUUGUCAUCGGGGGGGGGUGGCUUUCUCUGCAUAAGGCUGAGGCCUGGGUGACUUGAUAGACCAGGGCUUGGCCAAGUGUGGCCAUGGGACUUGCCCCCUCGUUUGGUAAGUGCUCUGGUCACGUUUCUGUGGCUGCGGUUGGGCCACCAGCACUGAGCUGAGUAGUUGCCGCAGAGACCGGUUGGUCCACAAAACCAGAAAUAGUCACUGAGAAGAAGUUGAAGACUGAAAGUAUCUAAACUCCCUCUUAGUACGAAUGAACAUUUUCUCUUUCAUAAUCUACUGGUCCAUGUGAUGGGGCGCUAGCCUGCCACAUAUCAGCCCAAAGAAUUUGCUGGAGGAGAGCAGGGCGGGGCGCCUAGAACUCAGCUUCCCUUUCCGUCUGGCCUCACCCCGGACGCUUCCUGGCACCGCUGUCUCUGCAGUGGAAGCCGGAGAGCAGUUCCUCCUCAGUUUGACUGUUAGGUCUCAGGGGGAAAAUUGCCCUCCGACUUUGGAAGCUGAGAACUGGUUCCCGGAUAUUGCAGGAGCCUUGCUGGCUCAUCCAGGGCCCAGGCGCACGCCGUGGUUGCUCCCCAGCCGCGGCACAGACUGUCCCCGUA